AUGGCUCGUCGUUAUGAUACGAGAACAACAAUCUUUUCGCCGGAAGGCAGAUUGUACCAAGUUGAAUAUGCUAUGGAAGCUAUCAGUCAUGCUGGCACUUCUCUUGGUAUCCUUGCCACUGAUGGAAUUUUACUUGCUGCAGAACGCAGAAAUACUAACAAACUUUUGGAUGAAGUGUUUUUCUCUGAAAAAAUAUACAAGCUAAACGAUGACAUGGUUUGUUCUGUAGCUGGUAUCACAUCUGAUGCCAAUGUCCUAACUAAUGAGUUAAGAUUGAUAGCACAAAGAUAUUUGCUGCAGUAUGGAGAGUCUAUUCCCUGUGAACAGUUGGUUUCCUGGCUGUGUGAUGUAAAACAGGCUUACACACAAUAUGGAGGCAAGAGACCAUUUGGAGUGUCUAUACUCUACAUGGGAUGGGACAAACAUUAUGGCUAUCAACUGUACCAGUCAGAUCCCAGUGGUAACUAUGGUGGGUGGAAAGCUACCUGUAUAGGAAAUAAUAGUGCUGCUGCAGUAUCAAGUCUCAAACAAGAAUAUAAGGAAAAUGAAACAACAUUGGCUGAAGCACAAGCAUUAGCUAUCAAAGUUCUAAGCAAGACUUUGGAUAUGACAAAGCUCACCCCAGAGAAAGUUGAGAUGGCAACCCUGACACGUAAAGACAACAAGACUAUAAUCAGAAUUUUAUCCAGUACAGAAGUUGAAAAAUUGAUUGCUGACUUCGAAAAGAGUGAAGCAGAAGCCGAGGCUGCCAAGAAGCUGUUACCUAAAUCA